AGUCAUUCAAGUGUUGGAGAGAAAAGGGGGCAUCCUGUUAUUGAAAUUAUGAAAGAGUCCCCCACCUGCUUUGGUGCCUAACCAAGAGGUACUACAGCAGACUCCUCUUGCCAGCUCAGAGAGGCGAUUGUUCUGCGGUCCACAGCUCAACAAACUGAGAACACCCAAGAUGGAAAAAAGAGAGCUAAAGGCCUUUGUUCCAAAAUUCGACAAGGUUCCUUGGCUUAGUGAGGCCAGCCUGGUAAACAAGCCUCUGGUGCUCAGCAUCCCUGGGAGAUAUCAUGCCUCUGCCACUGUUCUGACUUUAUCCAAGAAGGAUAUGGAUUUGCCAAAUUUGCUUCAGGUUCCAGAUGUCAUAUUGAAGGCCAGAAAAUGCGAGCAUGAAAAUCUGUCGCCCAGGAACAAGCAACUGUACCACUCCACAUGUCGAGAAAUGAAAACGGUACAGCCGAAAAAUUUCAUAAUCCCAGACCAUGAGAAACCAUCCUUCCAGAAUUCUGUAAAUCCCAGAGUGAUGCUCCUUCGUCAUUCCAAUGUCCAGCAGUUUAGUCAUCCCUGCAAUGACAUCCCAACAGAGAGCAUUCGCUACAGACUGCCCAUUAUGGGCCCCAGGACUGCUAUCUUCCACAGGCUGUUGUCCAGUGCCUACAAAACUCCUCAGGAGACUCAAGGCCUCUCCUUCCCCAGAAAGAAACUAAUGAACAAGACCGUGAAGCAGUGAGUGGUCAGAGCUAAUUACCCCAAACUUUCAGGGAAAAGACCACCUCUCCAAGCUGUUUUGAUGCUGGUGCCUUCCUGUAGUCUCGUAUCUCCCAAAAGAUGAUUCACCCUUUCCUUCCUACAUGCUGCUAUUCUAGCUCUUCCCACUUUUUCCUAAAGAGAAAAUGAUUUACUUUACAUAAAUAUAAAGAUUUAUUGA